AUGCAACAAUACUCAUGGCUUCUUUUCUUCUCUUUUCUUGGUUUUCUUGCUGUUUUCAAAGUCAUUUUCACUUUCCUCAAAUGGGUUUUCAUCACUUUCCUUAGACCAUCCAAGAACCUCAAGAACUAUGGUUCAUGGGCUCUAAUCACCGGAGCCACGGAUGGCAUUGGUAAAGCGUUUGCCUUCCAACUGGCUCAAAAGGGUCUAUGCCUAAUCUUGGUUAGUAGAAACCUAGCUAAGCUUGAAGAAGUUUCUAAGGAUAUUAUAUCGGUGCACCCAACCACCAAGAUCAAAAUUUUUGUUGUGGAUUUUUCGGGCGAGAAUGUGGUGGCUAGAGUUAAAGAAAUGCAAGAGGUGAUUGAUGAUGAAAAACUUGAUGUUGGUUUGUUGAUAAAUAAUGUAGGGGUUACUUAUCCUGUGGCUAGUUACUUUCAUGAAGUUGGAGAGGAAGUUUGGAUGAAAGUUAUGAAUGUGAAUGUUAUAGGUACAAGUUUGGUUACAAAAGCUGUGAUUCAAGGAAUGGUUGAAAGAAAGAGAGGUGCUAUUGUUAAUCUUGGUUCUGGUGCUGCCAUUGUUGUGCCUUCACAUCCUCUUUAUGCAAUUUAUGCUGCUAGCAAAGCGUAUAUUGAUCAACUUUCAAGAUGUUUACACGUAGAAUACAAACAUCUUGGUAUAGAUGUCCAGUGUCAGGUUCCAUUAUACGUAUCUACAAAGAUGGCAUCACAAGUUGCAUUUGUUGAGAAAUCAUCAUUGUUUAUACCAACAGCGGAUGAUUAUGUAAAAGCAGCAAUUCGACAAAUAGGAUACGAGUCUCGUUGCACACCAUAUUGGGGUCACUCGGUUCAAUGGUUCUUCGCUUCUUUGGCUCCCGAUUCUUUUCUAGAUGCAUGGCGUCUUUCCAUUGGCAUUCGACGUAAGGGGCGUUAUCAAUGACAUAUCGAGAUUGAUAUGUAGGCGCUGAUUUUAUCCAUACACAACAAUUACAAGUAAUAGACUUUAAUUAGCUAUAAGUUGAUAUCAUGUCACAACAUGUUUGAAUCUCGUGGUAAAAGGAUUUGUUGAAGUCACAUAUUUUGUAAGAGUGGUCCUAAGAACUUUUUCUUUGAUAAAUAAAUAAACAGCUAAUUAAAUUCAUAAUAA